AUGCACUUAGAGCGCGAAGAACGGCCUCCAAUCAACCACAACCGACCCUUCGAAGUUUUCAACGCAGACACUAUGGACGUUCUGAAUGCUGCUGUCAAGUUUAUUGAGGAUUUCGCUGACGAAAAUGAACCGGACAGAGAAACAACGAAGCGCCUGCUGCUAUGGAUCAAUAUGAGGCUGGGCAAGUUUCGUGGUCUGGUCAUCUCUGACGGCCUGGCGGUAGAAAUCCUAGUCAAAGACGAGUUCUCCCUUCACGACUCGCUACUGGCGGAACUGCUCUAUGAUCUACUAAAAGCUAAACUGAUCAAGCUGGAGGCUAUGCUGAAAGCGCAACAACACGCGACCACUUCGAUGCAUAGCCGGCCGCGAGAGUCUCGACCGACCAAACAAAAUAGCGGAAUACCCAAGAGCCUGGCGCGCACUUUGCCGAAGCAAGGAUCGCUCGAGCUGUGUCUCAAGUACCUGUCACAAACUGGGUACAAUGGAAACGGUGUCCCAGGAAAGUGUUUUUCCAAGUACCGCGCACAUUUUCUGCCCAACUCACUCUCUCCAGAAGCCAAGACCCAUAUUGAGACCCACUUGGGCGGACUUGCACCGGAGUUCGUCGACCCCUGA